AUGACUACUGAGACUAGUGCUAAUGCUAAGGAGGCGAGUUUGGAGCCGCCAUCAUGGCCCUCGCACAUCUCUUAUUGGCGCAUGAUGCUGGACCAAGGCGCGGUGACGGCUGAGAUCAUUCAGCACCCGUACGAUGGUUCCGGCACUGAGGACGAUCCGUUCAUCGUUGAAUGGAUCGCAAACGAUCCUCGCUACCCCAUGGAGUUUAGCAAGCCAAUGAAAUGGACAUUUACUGUUCUGUGUGCCUUCUCUACACUGGGUAUUUCGCUUUCGUCUUCUGCUUACGCUGGCUGUAUUGAUCAAGUCAUUUCGUCUUUCGAUAUUAGUGAUGAAGUUGCGACUCUUGGCGUGUCACUGUUUGUAUUAGGAUUUGCCGUGGGCCCCCUUAUUUGGGCCCCCUUGAGUGAACUGUACGGGCGACAGGUUGUGUUCUUGGUGUCAUACCUAGGUCUAGCUGUGUUUUGUGCUGCUGCCACCGGAUCACGGAAUGUCUGGACACUAAUCAUUUUGCGAUUUUUUGCGGCCUCAUGUGGUGCUUCUCCGUUCACAAAUGCCGGUGGUAUAAUUGCCGAUGUCUUCACCGCAGAAGAACGUGGUCUUGCCAUGAAUCUGUUUGCCGGGGCGCCUUUUAUUGGCCCUUCACUUGGUCCAAUCAUUGGCGGGUUCCUAGGAGAAAACGCAGGCUGGGUAUGGGUACAAGGAUUCCUAGCGAUUUUUACAGGUCUCAUCUGGAUGGCGGAAGGACUCGUCAUUCCUGAAACAUACGGGCCUGUGCUUCUUCGCAAACGAGCGGCUCGGCUGAGCAAAAUUACAGGCAAGGUAUACGUGAGCAAAUUGGAUCAUGAAAGCCCCAAGGUUACGACCGGGGAAGCCUUCGCUACUGCUUUGGGCCGGCCAUGGGUUCUUCUCUUUGCGGAGCCUAUUGUCCUUUUGCUUUCUAUCUACAUGGCGAUUGUAUACGGAACUCUCUAUCUCCUAUUCGGUGCAUUCCCGAUUAUCUACGAGCAACACCGCGGUUGGAGUGAAGGAAUAGCCAGUCUACCCUUUAUUAGUGUCCUCGUUGGUAUGCUUAUCGGUUUAGGAUACAAUAUGUGGGACAACCAGCGAUAUUUACGUAUCAGCAAGAAGUUUCACGGAUUCGCUCCUCCAGAGGAACGACUCCCACCUGCCAUGCUAGGCGGAAUUGCAGUUCCUAUAGGCCUUUUCUGGUUUGCUUGGACAAAUUCAAACAGUGUCCCAUGGAUCGUUAGCGUGAUUGCAGCAGCCCCGUUUGGGUUUGGCAUGGUCAUGGUAUUCCAGACCAUCAUGAGCUAUCUUAUUGAUGCCUACACGAUUUUUGCAGCUUCUGCGCUGGCUGCUAACUCCAUUAUCCGGUCGGUCUUUGGUGCUGUGUUCCCGCUGUUCACUACAUACAUGUACAACAACCUCGGCAUUCACUGGGCUUCUUGUGUGCCUGCAUUUCUAGCGCUCGCCUGCGUGCCGUUUCCAUUUCUUUUCUACAAAUACGGCGCUCCGAUCAGGCAAAGAUGCCGGUUUGCCGCUGAGGCGGAUGCAUUCAUGAGGACCCUUGAACGGAAAGCAACCACCAAAGAUGCCAACCGUGCCGCCCAGGAGGAAGCCAUGUUGGAGCAGGCUAUGGAACAUGGCACGAUCGAGGAGCAAGCCUCAAUCAUGUCGCGCAUCAGCACGGGGAUCAGUCUCACAUUGACAGAUACCGGAGAAGAGGCGCCAGGUCUGGAACGCGUUGGGACUUACCAAGCAAACCCAUACGACAUUGAUCGGGUUAAUACGCGGUCGUCGGCGAUUUCAAGACCUAGAUCUGCCAAAAGCUUGUCGAAGAAGUAG